UGCGCGCGCACCGGCCUCGCUGCCCGUUGACCCGGAAAUGCUUAUGGCAGCCGCUCGGAUCGCGGGAGCUUAGAAUGGUGUUCCUUACAACGCGGCUCUGGCUGCGGAACCGCCUCACAGACCGGUUCUGGCGGGUCCAGGAGGUGCUGAAGCAUGCUCGGCAUUUUAGGGGAAGGAAGAACCGCUGCUACCGGCUGGCGGUCAGGGCGGUGACCAGAGCCUUCGUGAAGAGCACGCAGGCCCGCAGACUGAAGAAGCGGAACCUGAGGACCCUCUGGAUUAAUCGAAUUUCAGCUGCCUCCCAGGAACAUGGCUUACAGUACCCAGCAUUCAUGGUCAACUUAAUUAAGUGCCAGGUGGAGCUCAACAGGAAGGUACUUGUGGACCUGGCCAUCUAUGAACCAAAGACUUUUAAGUCUUUGGCAGCUUUGGCUAAGAGGAGGCAGCAGGAAGGAUUUGCUGCAGCUCUGGGGGAUGGAAAGGAGCCAGAGGGCAUCUUCUCCAGAGUGGUACAGUACCACUGAAGACUGCAGUGCUGUGGAAAUUGUUAUCAGAUAGGAGCAAAAAGACUGUCUAGUCACCAGUAAGUCUGAUUUGUAUUUAUUUAUAUUUUAGCACAGGCCUGAGAGAAAAGUUUUUUACUCAGUGAUAUAUCCCCAAAACUAUCAUGUAAAGAUUGUACAAAUAAAGCCUUUGCAGUGUUCA